AUGUAUACACUUCCUUUGCUCCCUUGUGCGCUACCCACAGCCCACAUCCCAGAUGAUGUCGACCUCCAGCAGCUGGCGAGCUCAUCCGUUGACAAGCUGAAGACACUGAAUGAGGAUGACUUCACUGACGAUGCGAUAUGGAGAGACACAUUUGCGAUGACCGGGACUCUUCGGACAUUUUACACGAAGAAGUCAAUCGCAGCAGCCUGGCAUGCAACGUGUAAAUUGGCGAAUCCCGGCUGUUUCGCUAACCAAGGACAGCCUUCGAUAUUCCGUGCACACGAUGUGGCUUGGGUUAACAUUGCAUUCGGCUUUCAUGCAGAUGGUCCCCCUGCAACGAGCUGCAGCGGGUCCUUUGCCAUUGUCCCUCAGAAGCAAGGAGGCUGGAAGAUCUGGAUGUUUCGAACAAUCCUGGAACAGCUGGACUCUCAACCCAACGUAGAUUAUCUGGCGCCUGUGGGCAUAUUUUCGCACGCCACAUCUCGCGGCCCCAUCACCAAUGGCGUUAAUCACGCCUCCACCAAUGGAGCGCAAGGGAAUCUUCCAAGCGGUCCGAACCCAUUUUACGACUGCGUAAUCGUGGGGGGUGGUCAGAGUGGACUGAGUGUUGCCGGGAGACUGAAAGCCCUGGGAGUGCCUUACUUGGUGAUCGACAAGAUGAAACGAGUCGGCGAUAACUGGGCGCUCCGUUACGGGUCAGCCAAAUAUCACCUCCCAUUUGAGCGAACAUUUCUGGCAGACGAACCGGAAUACCUCCCCAAGGACAAUGUGGCCGAGGGCUAUCGCAAGUGGGUCGCAAAGUAUGGCAUUAAUAUCUGGCUGUCAACUACACUGCUCUCAGGCUCCUGGGAUGUGGAAAAGGAGAUCUGGGAAUUGAAGAUAAGCCGCGAUGGAGAGGAAUCCCUCUUGAAUUGCUCUUAUGUCGUGUUUGCAGUUGGUGGAGGAUCACAGGUUCCUGUCACUCCGGUCUACCCUGGGCGGGAAAAGUUCCGAGGACUUGCUUUCCAUUCGACAGACUACACUGAUCCCUCAGGCUGGGCGCAUAAACAUGGUAUUGUCGUCGGCAGCGGAAAUACAGCUCACGACGUGGUCGAAGACAUGCUUGCCUGCGGUAUGGAAUCGGUGACCAUGAUUCAGCGAUCCAAAACUUUUGUGAUUCCGGUCAAGCAUUACAGCAAGCAUCAGGCGAGGACUUAUAACACCAAUAUUCCGACAGAAGUAUCUGACAGAAUAACGAUGACGACCCCGAACGCCGUUGGAAGACUGCUGUUUGCACAACUCCUCCACGGACUCGCACGAUCUGAGCCCGAAUGGCUGGACGCCCUCGAGGCGGCCGGGUUUUUAACCGAUCGCUUCGGAGAUCUUACAUACGCGCUCUCUCAUCGCUUUGGAGGAUACUACAUGGACGUCGGCGCUUCGGAGAAAAUCGGGAACGGGUCGAUCAAGAUCAAAUCUAACUCACUGCCGGCGCGAUGGACAGAAGACGGACUCGAAUUUGAAGACGGUUCGCACCUCAAGGCCGACGUCGUCGUAUUCGCUACAGGAUUUGUAGGCAACAUGCGGAUCCAAGCCGAGGAGUUGUUUGGUAAAGACGUGGCCGAUCAAUUGGAAGAUUUCUGGGGCCUGAACCAAGAAGGCGAAAUAAAUGGAGCCUUUCAACCAUUGUCGCAUCCGGCAUUUUGGUUUCACGGUGGCGCGAUGGCCCCGUCAAGGUUCUUCUCAAGAUUCAUCGCUCUCCAGAUUAAAGCGAAGACUCUGCGUGUUCCCUUUUCCAUCUAUAGAGAGACGCCUGCGAGAAACGAGGUUGAUAUACAAACCUGA